GUGGCUCUUCUUCAUCCGGAGAAAGUUAACCUCACAGUCACUUUAUCACAUUUUCUUUUCCUCCAAUACUGAACAACUAUGGCAGACUCUCAGGAGGACAAGCUGUACAAAGCUGAAUACGCCAAAAGCGGCCGUGCAUCGUGCAAGAAGUGCAAAGAAAACAUCGCUAAAGACUCGCUGAGGAUGGCCAUCAUGGUGCAGUCACCCAUGUUUGAUGGGAAAGUCCCCCACUGGCACCAUUUUUCCUGCUUCUGGCUGAGAGCGGCAGCUCAGUCUACUGGUGACAUCGCCGGCUAUUCUGACCUCCGCUGGGAGGACCAAGAAAAGGUCAAAAAGGCCAUAGAAAGUGGUGGAGUUGCUGGAGGGAAAGGUGACCAGAAGAGUGGAACUAAAGGAGAGAAGACACUGAAUGACUUUGCUGUGGAAUACGCCAAGUCGAACCGCAGCACGUGCAAAGGCUGUGAGCAGAAAAUAGAAAAAGAUCAGAUUCGCGUAUCUAAGAAAACUGUGGACCCAGAGAAGCCCCAGUUGGGCCUGAUCGACCGCUGGUACCACACAGCGUGUUUCGUGAGCCGCAGGGAGGAGCUGGCCUUCAAGCCUGAAUAUAGUGCAGCUCAGCUGAAGGGUUUCAACGCGCUACGAGCAGAAGACAAAGAGGAGAUGAAGAAGAGACUCCCUGCUGUCAAAUCUGAAGGGAAACGUAAAGCCGAUGUGGUGGAUGGAGCUUCAAAGAAACAGAAGAAAGAGGAAGCCGAAGAGAAGACAAAGCUGGAAGAGCAGUUGAAGAAUCAAAGCCAGCUGAUUUGGGGACUCAAAGACAAACUGAAGAAAUACUGUUCAACCAACGAUAUGAAGGAGCUGCUCAUUGCAAAUGGCCAGGAGGUUCCCUCUGGAGAGUCCAAUGUGCUCGACUGCUUGGCCGACGGCAUGGCCUUUGGUGCUCUUGAGGCCUGCAAGGAGUGCACGGGCCAGCUGGUGUUCAAGGGUGAUGCUUAUUACUGUAAAGGGGACAUCUCAGCUUGGACAAAGUGUGUGUUCAAAACUGCAACACCCUUACGCAAAGACUGGGUCACCCCCAAGGAAUUUCACAUGGUUCCCUUCCUGAAAAAAUUCAAAUUCAAGCGACAGGACAGGUUGUACCCCAAGGAGGCUCCCACUCAAACCCUGACCACAGCCAAAGCCGAACCUCUGGCGAGUGCAUCCAGUGCCCCAACUAAGCCACUACCAGAGGGAGCACCUUCAGACAAGCCUCUUACUGGUAUGAGACUGUUAACUGUGGGCAAACUCGUCAAGAAUAAGGACGAUCUAAAGGUUGCUGUGGAGGAGCUUGGUGGAAAGAUUACUGGUACUGCCAGUAAAGCCUCUCUCUGCCUCAGCACCAAGAAGGAGGUGGAAAAGAUGAGUAAGAAGAUGGAGGAAGCGAGGGACGCUGGCGUGCGUGUGGUCUCUGAAGAUUUCCUCACAGACAUUAAGUCGUCGGGUAAAGCGCUCCAGGAACUGGUCUCCCUGCACGCUAUCUCACCCUGGGGGGCAGAGGUCAAAGUCGAGGCUCAGGCUCCAUCUGCAGCCUCCAAGUCUGGAACGCUGGCUACCAAGAGCACAGGCAAGGUGAAGGAGGAGGAAGGUAGUAGCAAAUCCAAGAAGAUGAAACUCACAGUUAAAGGAGGAGCUGCUGUGGAUCCAGAUUCAGGUCUGGAGAACAGCGCUCACGUCUUGGAGCAGGGUGGUAAAAUGUACAGCGCUACACUGGGCCUCGUGGACAUCGUCAGAGGAACUAACUCCUAUUAUAAACUGCAGUUACUGGAGGAUGACGUACAGAAAAGGUACUGGGUGUUCAGGUCAUGGGGCAGAGUAGGUACAACCAUUGGAGGAAACAAGCUGGACAAAUUCCACGACAAGAACUCAGCGCUAGACAACUUCCUGGUUGUGUACAAGGAGAAGACGGGGAACAACUGGGGCGCCUCCAACUUCACCAAAUAUCCCAAUAAGUUCUACCCACUGGAGAUCGACUACGGACAGGAUGAGGAAGCUGUGAAGAGGCUGACUGCCAGUGCUGGCACCAAGUCUAAACUUGCCAGACCGGUUCAAGAACUGAUCAAGAUGAUCUUUGAUGUGGAGAGCAUGAAGAAGGCCAUGGUGGAGUUUGAGAUCGACCUCCAAAAGAUGCCACUUGGAAAGCUGAGUAAGAGGCAGAUUCAAAGUGCAUACGCUCUCCUCACUGACGUACAGCAGGCUGUGUCAAAUAAUGUGCCUGAGGCCCAGAUACUGGAUCUCUCCAAUCGCUUUUACACUCUGAUACCUCACGACUUUGGGAUGAAGAAACCUCCACUGCUCAACACCCUGGACUACAUUCAAGCUAAAGUUCAGAUGUUGGACAACCUGUUGGAUAUUGAAGUGGCAUACAGUCUGCUGAGAGGAGGCGCCCAGGACAACGAGAACGAUCCCAUCGACAUCAACUAUGAUAAACUCAAAACUAAGAUUGAGGUUGUUGACAAGGCCACAGAUGAGGCUGAGAUCCUUACGCAAUAUGUUAAAAACACCCAUGCUGCUACACACAACACUUACACACUGGAAGUGCAAGAAGUCUUCAAAAUUGUUCGAGAGGGAGAGCACCAACGGUACCGUCCCUUCGAAGAACUACACAAUCGCCAGCUACUGUGGCACGGCUCACGCACCACCAACUACGCUGGUAUCUUGUCUCAGGGUCUUCGCAUUGCUCCACCAGAGGCCCCAGUGACUGGUUACAUGUUUGGUAAAGGUGUGUACUUUGCUGACAUGGUGUCCAAGAGUGCAAACUACUGUCACACCUCCCAGUCAGACCCUGUAGGUCUCCUGCUGCUGGCUGAAGUUGCCCUCGGCAACAUGCAUGAAUUGAAGAAGGCCUCCCACAUCACAAAACUACCUAAGGGCAAGCACAGUGUUAAAGGUUUGGGUCGAACUGCUCCUGAUCCAGGUGCCUCAGUCAAUUUAGACGGGGUGCAAGUGCCUCUGGGAAAAGGAGUCAACACUAACAUUGAUGACACAAGUCUACUGUACAACGAAUACAUUGUGUAUGAUGUAGCACAGAUCAACAUGAAGUAUCUCCUGAAGGUCAAGUUUAACUACCAGACAUCCCUGUGGUGAGAGGAUGCAUCCGAACCCUCUUCAGUGAAAACAAAGACCACUUGUCGCCUCCAAAUGCCUGGGCUUCAUUCUCUGCAACAGAAGAUGUUUGGCAAAGGAGUGACGCUACACCAUGCUUUACAAUGGUCAUUGGAAAUCUCUAGUCACUUUAUUCCUUUUUCAUCAGGUUUGCUAGCUGAUAGCCUUCCUUUUUACUGCAUUAGGUACUCGCGUACCUAAAUCACAGCUCAAUAGUGUUUGAAGCAUACAAACUUUCUACGUAGAAAGGUUUUGGUUUAGAAAUGAACCUCAGAAAAUGGUAGUUUUCUGUCUCAUGUGGUCAUUCCGAAUUCGACAGGAGUAUUAUUUCUUCAUUCUUUAAUAAACCUGUAGUAAAUAAGGCUUAGUACUGCAAGUAUAGAGUAUCGCAAGAUUUCUGCCGACAUCUACACACCAUUGUUUAUAUUUUGCUAGGGUUUACCAGAAUAGUAACCAAAUGGACGUUUUGUAGACUUCUGGGUUCAAAGAUACUGUAAAAGGGUUUUACAUGUAUAUAUUUGUUGUUGUUUGUCUCUCAAGCUGUCUUCCUUGCUGAAAAUGGAGAAAAAGUAUGGAAAAACAAUGUGUUUAGUGUCUAUGCCAAGUAAACUGUAAAAGAAGCCACUGCCAUGUAAGAUGGUACAUUUUUCAUAGUUUCUUUUUUUGCU